GGGUUCUGACUCUUCAGCUUCUCCCACUUGUUGCCGCGAAUAAUAAGAGAAAUCAGCGCGGGGAGAGGAGCGGAGAGUCCUGGGGAGGAGGAGGAGGAGCCGCGGGAGGAGGAGGAGCCAGAGGGAGCGGAGCCGGAGCAGUGAGUCCCGGGCAGGAGGAGCGGAGAGUCCGGGAGAGAAUGCGGAGCGGGGGGUCGGCCCGGUGUCUCUCUCUGCUGGAUUUAUAAAGGGAACCCGAUUGUUUUAUCUACUCGCUCCGUCCCCCGGGCACCGACAUGGCUGAGACCCCCAGUGUGGCCCCCAAAUCUGUCCUGCAGACUGCUUUCCCCUCAUCCCCUUCUCUUCCGUCUCUUUUAGUCUCUUCUUCCUCCCACCAUGGAUCUCCAUUUGCCAUUGCCCGGCCUGUGCCAGCGUCUCAGACAGGUACUUCUGGUGGUGUCGGGGGCAGUGGGAUGAGGCUGGAGGCAGUUAUGGAGAACCUGCAGCGGCAGCAGACGGCCCGUUUGGCCAUUGAGGAGAAGCUGAGGCAGGAGAAGGAGCGGGAGCUGCGCUGUAUGGUGGAGUCCAGGAUUCAGCAGCAGGCAAUUGCCAUACGCCAGUAUCAGGCGGCAGUGAGGGCAGCGGCAGCCGCUGCAGUGACAACUUCCCCUUCCUCUAUGAACUCUACUAACAGCCCCAGCCCCGCCCUCUCCCACAACCGCCCCCCAAUUAUAUUUCCCGGGACACAAGGUAAAAGGUCGGAGGAAGAGGAGCAAAAGCAGAAAAGUGAGGGGGAGGAGGAGAUGGAUUAUGAGGAGGAGGAGGACUUGGAUGAUGAGGAAAGGGAGGAGGAGGAUGAAGAUGGGGAGACAUCCUCUAGUAUCCAGCAGCAAGGAUCUCCUAGCAAAGGGGGGCUCAGAGUUGGCCACUCCCAGGUGCCAAACACCAGUAACCCCGGCCAAUCACAGGCUCUCUCACCAGGCGGACAGACGGGACACCAUGAAUGGACGUACGAGGAGCAGUUUAAACAGCUCUACGAGCUCGACGAGGACCCCAAGCGCAAGGAAUUCUUGGACGAUUUGUUCAGCUUCAUGCAAAAGAGAGGGACCCCAGUGAAUCGCAUUCCCAUCAUGGCCAAACAGGUGCUGGACCUCUACUCGCUCUACAGACUGGUCACCGACAAGGGGGGGCUGGUGGAAGUGAUAAACAAGAAGAUCUGGAGGGAGAUCACUAAAGGCCUGAGUCUCCCCACCUCCAUCACCAGCGCCGCCUUCACCCUCCGAACCCAAUACAUGAAGUACCUGUACCCCUACGAAUGUGACAAGAGGGGGCUCAGUUCCCCGGGGGAGUUACAAGUGGCCAUCGACAGCAAUAGGAGAGAGGGGCGCAGGCAGAGCUUUGGCUCAGGACUCUUCAGCUACUCCCCAGCGGGAACCCCCAAUGUCUUGACCUCCCCGAAGAUCAACAUGACCUCUCUGUCUGUCUCAGCCCACAAUGGGGGCCACAUCAGCCAUCUCACCCCAAUCAAAAAGGAAGAUGGAGUCCACACUCCGGGGGCCCCUCAUCGUCUAGGGAUCCCCAUUACUUUGCCCAGUCAUCACGGAGCAGCAGCCCAAGCUGUGCAGGUUAUGCAGGCGGCGGCCCUGGAGCAACUGCGCGAAAAACUCGAGUCUGGAGAACCCCCCGAAAAAAAGAUGGCGCUGAUGGCGGAGGAGCAACAAAGGAUUAUGCAGCGUGCCAUUCAGCAGAACUUACUAGCCAUGGCCGCCCAGUUACCCAUGAACAUCAAAAUCAACAGCCCAGAUGACAGACAAGAGGCUCAGAUGAACGUGUCUGCCACAAGCAUUAGCAGCAUCAACAUGUCGAUUGAAAUUAAUGGAGUUGUCUACGCAGGGGUGCUAUUUGCCCGCAGACCAGUGGCACCAGCAGUGACUAAUGCAGGCGCCAGCAGCAACCAAGGCCACUCCAGUCCAACCCCAGUCCUAAUCCAGCCACCCCCAUCUUCAUCUCAAGGCCACACACCACCCGGCCCUUCCCCUUGACCUCCACCUGCCUCCAUCACCCUAAAGCCAACACAUUGCACCCUGGUGCUUGAGGAUUCUCAGCAGUUGGACUGGGCACCCUUUCUGGUGGCUUUUCAUUGGACAAGUAGAAACCCGGUGAGACUGGUAAUAGAACUUCUUCUGUUGUGGCACAAUAUUUGGGAAAGAGGGAUCAAUCUUGCCCAGGAUGAGGCUGAGCCACCUGCUUGUACCCAAAGAUGUGCCCAGAUGCCCAUCAUUCACAGGUUCAUAUCACCCUCAUGGACUUCCCUACCUCUAACCCACCUGGCAUGAGACCUCCAGCUGAAUAUUGUGCCCAAUUCUCCUCGCCAGAUGUGGGGGUCACACAUCAAUCAUCUGCAGCUGUGGGGGACCAUGGAGAAGACUUGAGGUUCCUUGUUCUACCCCCACACACAGCAGAGAUGGAACUGACCUGUAGCUUCUACCAAAGAGUUAAUUUAUUCAGUGGUGACAUAUGGAGUAGAUUAGACGUGUGUUGUGUUGUUGUUGUGUCACAAUCUGUAGCUGCAAAUGAAAUGUAUCGUUGGAAGGAGCUGGAGUUUAUACACGAGGGGUCUGGGCAGAGACGUUGCUUUGCUUGGGAGCAGAUGCCCUGGGAGGGGGCACUAAGGUACCAGCUGAUCCUAUUCCACUGGGGCUUCUUCUCCUGUGGGGGGCGAUGCAGAAAUACAUCCCAGUGUUGCUUAGCGACAGUCUCCAUGACAAUAACAGAGCGAGACAGAUCUUUCAGACUAAUGCCAAUCAUGGGACUAGACUGGGUGAAAUGGGCAACACAACUUGUUAAAGAGGUUGUGUCAGUUUAUCUGGGAAAGAUCCGUGCCCUUCGAUUGGCCAGAAAAUGCCACAACCUCAGUCUCACCCAUAGAAUUCAUUGUAGUGUGUCAGUAUAUAGAGUCAGGGACCACCAACCUGCUCUCAUUCAACUACUGGGGCUGCAAGUUACACCCCUGAAUCCCCCCAGUAAUGAAUGACCAGAUGGGAAGGGUUAAAGGAAACAACAUUAACCAGUUCAUUCCCUUUAGAACAGCCUGGGGGGUCUGGCUUGUGGCUACUGACCUGUCACUGCCCUAUAAAGGGAAAAUCAAUGCUCCUGACAAUGUGCCUGGUCUCCAGCCCUUAAUAACUGGAGAGAAAAGGAGACGGGCGUGGCUUAUCUUGCUAACCCCUCCCCCUCGUAUAUUUCUGCUUGUAACAAGUGCUGCCAGUCACUGACCAAUGGGACAAUGGUGAGACAUAGGUGUAAGUGAGUCUGCCCAGGUUACUAGCCAGGCAGUAGGGCACUGAUAGGGCUACGAUCCAGUCACGCGUGUGCCCCCCACAGAUCAGUUCAUUUUCUAAUUCUUCCCUCCCAGCGGAUCUUGCCCCCAACCCUUGCAAUUUCAGCCUUAGGAUUGGCUCCUCGUACCUCACCCGAUUGGUUCCCUCUCCUUCCGACGCUCUCGUUACAGGAGUCACUGGAUUUCUCAUUGUACCAAAGAAGGGAAUUGGGGAGUCAUGUCUACCUCAUGCGUGUAUCUAUUUAUAGUCGGAUGCAGUAUAUAUACACAGAUGUAAUAUAUCCGGGGCCCGAGGGGCUCCUAGGAAUGUCUCUCCUCCCAAUGGGAACAAUGUUUCAUGAAUAAGGGGAGGUUGGUAUAAGAACAAGGGGGAAUUUGGGGUCUGACCAGUGGGAAAUCCAUAUGAAUCAUUGGGAACCCUCCCCAUAGCCAAGGCCUCGUGUUCUGAGAAGAACUGGGUCCUAAAUUCAGUUAUUUCCCCUUUAUUUCCACAGCCAAAGGGAAUCCCAGGGUACUGGCACUGACUGGCACCUACUUUGGCUUCCCAUUCAUUUCACUGGCUUUUAGGCCUUAAUAUACAGUGAGUUUCUAUGGCUUUGGUUAAUGUUGCCUUUAUAGUGAGUGGCUCAUAUUUAGCAGUUACAGUCACCAAAUCCGCCUCUCCAAGUCAGCAUUGCUACUAGGGGCUAUUAUAUAAAGUCCUACAGGGAAUCUAAGGUUUCCAGUCUGGUGUAAGGGGGGUCCUAAUCUUCCAGGCUCAUGUCACAGAAUAAGAGAUGAGUUGGAUCAAGAUUGACCAAAGCCAUUGUUGGUUCCUGGUUUUGUACAGAUCAGCACACGGAUUCUGUUAGGGAGACACACGUGUGUAUAAUGGGGUGCCCAAAAAGUAUCUGUUAGGGUCCAGUUCCUCCUAUGUACAGUAAGUGUAUCAGACAGGCUGAGGUUUCUGAUUCUCCCUUAUGGACUUUUGUCUCUCAGAAUCUUUUCUGGGCUUUGGUGGUUGUGCCCGUACAGGUCUUUGCAGUGCCAGCUCUUGCCCAUGCCGGGGACCAGUGAGUGUGUGCCCAAGCCAGUGUAAUUCUUUAGUACCUCCUCCUGAACCUUCACUUGUUCACAAGAACUUGAAGCCAGCCUAUCACAGCUCUUCAUCCUCUAGUGGCAGAACUCUGGGACCAGCCGGGCAAAAUGGUGCCACCAGGCUGGGCUCACUAAGAGGGACGUGCUUUCUACCAAAGAACAACGCUGCUCAUUCUCACUUGGUUCCACAUCCAGUUUUGGGGGGAAAGACUUAACAAAUGAUGUAAUUAAUUAUUAUUUGUAUUAUUUUUUUUACUGUGUAUUGGGCUGUUCCGUUGGCCCGACUUUGCUUGUAGCCUUUACUGUCCUUCUUGGCUUUGCUCCGUAUCUGUAGAAGCUUCUAGUCCAACCGCAUUGCAGGUUUCACCAUCAAUCCCAAAUAUUUCCCCCCUGCUCCCGCUAGAGAUAAAAAUAUAUGUGAUGCCCCCAUCUAAUCUUAAUGGUUUCUUCUGAAGACUCUAUCUUGAACAUCAGGCUCCUUCCUCUAUGGCAAAACAUAUCUCUUCCCUGUAUGGCAUGACAUGUCUCCUCCAUGUAUGGAACAACAUAGCUCCUCCCUGUAUGGCACAAGAUAGAUCCUCCCUCUAUGGCACAACAUGUCUCCUCCCUGUAUGGCACAAGAUAGAUCCUCCCCCUACAGCUGAUUCCUAUUGGCCUCCUGUUUGGUGGAGACUUCCAGGUACAUCAGGCUCCUCCCAAUAAUUAGUAGGUCUGGCAGUAAGAGGAUUUUCCUAAAGUUCAGAAUAUUAAGAGAAAACCUGCAAUGUGGUCCCACCCUUUUUCCUUUAACCUUUCCAAUGAAUCCAGUGCUUUUGGUGCCGGCGCUGGACGUGGUGCUCAGGGGAAUCCAAACCAAAGAGAGAAAUUAAGAAUAAAAAUGGUGAAACACUUGUGUCUA